AUGAAGAGGAUCUCCCCUCAGGGGGAUGGCAAUGGCAACACUGCCGCUGGAACCAAAGCCCCCCCUGGCGGGGAAGCAGGCUGCUGCUCAUGCCGAGGGGCCUGUCUCUCGGCCUUCCUGCUGCUCCUGUUGGCAACUCUUGCGGCCCUGCUUGUCCUGGUCUCCAUCCUUGGACGCCCACCACGCACGCCAGGGGCCCAGGCCUGUGUGACGCUGAUGAACAGGACGGGCUUCCUGUGCCAUGACCGGCGGAGCUGCAUCCCGGCCAGUGGGGUCUGUGAUGGCGUCCACACCUGUGCCCACGGCGAGGACGAGGGCGAGGCCCUGUGCCGAGAUGUGCCCCAGAGUCGCCCCAGCUUCCUCGUGGCCCGCUGGGACCCGGGCUCCUGGAUCUACUCAGACCAGAAGUGUGAUGGGACCAACAACUGCGGGGACUGCUCAGACGAACUGAGCCCAGUGACCAUGUGCCCGCCCUGUGGCCCUGGGUGGUGGCACUGCCCCUCAACUGUCUUCAAGUACUGCGGCUGCAUCCCGAGGAGCCUCUGCCGGGACCAUGUGCAACACUGCUCAGACUGGUCCGACGAGUACUCCUGUCCUGGACCCUGA